AGCCCUCCGGUCCCUCCCAUUGGCCGCGCCGCCUGCCCAUCUCGGGGCCCGAGGCAGCGCUUCGGGUCGUCCGGCGCCGUCGCUCGGUGGCGGCGGCUUCGGCGGCUGCGCUGCGCGGCUGCGGCUCCGAGAGGAAGGCGGGACGAGGUCGAGGCCGACCGGCGACGGCCGGGGGACCGCAGCAAUGACUCUGGAAUCCAUGAUGGCGUGUUGCCUGAGCGACGAGGUGAAGGAGUCGAAGCGCAUCAACGCGGAGAUCGAGAAGCAGCUGCGGCGGGACAAGCGCGAUGCACGGCGGGAGCUAAAGCUGCUGCUGCUGGGCACUGGCGAGAGCGGGAAAAGCACGUUCAUCAAGCAGAUGCGCAUCAUCCAUGGCGCCGGCUACUCGGAGGAGGACAAGCGCGGCUUCACCAAGUUGGUGUACCAGAACAUCUUCACCGCUAUGCAGGCCAUGAUCCGCGCUAUGGACACGCUCAAGAUCCUCUACAAGUAUGAGCAGAACAAGGCCAACGCGCUUCUGAUCCGGGAGGUGGAUGUGGAAAAGGUCACGACCUUUGAUCACCAGUAUGUGAAUGCCAUCAAGACCCUGUGGAGCGACCCGGGAGUGCAGGAGUGCUACGACCGCAGGCGCGAGUUCCAGCUCUCAGACUCUGCCAAGUAUUAUCUGACAGACGUGGACCGCAUCGCCACGGUGGGCUACCUGCCCACCCAGCAGGAUGUGCUGCGCGUGCGUGUACCCACCACCGGAAUCAUUGAGUACCCAUUUGACCUGGAAAACAUCAUCUUCAGGAUGGUGGACGUGGGUGGACAGAGGUCGGAGCGCAGGAAGUGGAUCCACUGCUUCGAGAAUGUCACAUCCAUCAUGUUCCUGGUGGCUCUGAGUGAAUAUGACCAGGUCCUAGUGGAGUCGGACAAUGAGAACCGCAUGGAGGAGAGCAAGGCGCUGUUCCGCACCAUCAUCACCUACCCCUGGUUCCAAAACUCGUCCGUCAUCCUCUUCCUUAACAAGAAGGACCUGUUGGAGGACAAGGUCCUGCACUCUCACCUCGUGGACUAUUUCCCCGAGUUUGACGGGCCACAGCGGGAUGCACAGGCCGCCCGAGAAUUCAUCCUGAAGAUGUUCGUGGACCUGAACCCUGACAGCGACAAGAUCAUCUACUCCCACUUCACAUGCGCCACCGACACGGAGAACAUCCGCUUUGUGUUUGCAGCUGUCAAGGAUACAAUCCUUCAGCUCAACCUCAAGGAGUACAACUUGGUGUGACCCUGAGGCCACCACCGCCGGCCCACGCCAGCCAGCGCCACCUUUCUCUGGCCUUGACUCCUUGUGGCCUGAGUUGGUUUUUUUGUUUUUCUGUUUUUUUCUAGAAAAAGAAAAACCAAAAAGAAAAAAAAAGCAAAGGAAGCAAACACGUGAACACCAGUGUGCCCUGCUCCCAGGGCCACGUCCCCACGGGAUCCCAUGGUCCCCAUGCAGCCCCAAGACCAAGUUCCCCAGGGCCACGUCCCCACGGGAUCCCAUGGUCCCCAUGCAGCCCCAAGACUAAGUUCCCCAGGGCCACGGUCCCCACGGGAUCCUACAGGGUUCCCAGGCAGCCCCAAGGCUGGCCGCUCAGGCCUGGUACAGCCCCGGGUCAUGAGUUCAAAUCCUGUGCCACAUGGGGGCUAUGGACUGUCUGUUUUCUAAGUUAUUGUCCCCAUACCGUUCGUCUACUCCCUGGACCCCAAGAAGUGGGGGUGGGCGGUCGCCCCAUGCCCACCCUGGGAAGUGCCUAACCGUUUUUUGGUGUUUUCUUUUUUGCUUUUGAAAAGAAAAAGAAAAAUAUUUCUCCCCGCCCCCAUUUGGGCAAAGGAUGCCCUGCAGGGUCCCCUCCUCCUCUGAGUGACUGUCACCCUGUGUUCGCCUGCAGGACACAGGGCCAGGCCUGGGCUGGACCCUUGGGGGGAACUGGGGUCCCCAAGAUCCCAGUUCUUCAGUGACCCUCACAAUGCAGCUGGAGGGGAUGGUUCCCCGUGUGGCUGCAAGGCCGUCUGUUUUUUCUUUUUUAAUUUUUGUCUUACGGUCGGGAAAGAUCGGGGUGCAGCGGGGACUCUUCCGAAUACUCUCAGGUCUGUCCCCAGCAUACGGGCACCCGUGAGCCUCAGCCCCUGCCCACUCCCUCCCGAGCCACCGCACCGCAAGCCAUGAUGGCCAGUGCACGCCCAGGACGUGGUGGCCUCGGCCACGGUGGACACAGGCGGCCCCCCGCCUCCCAUUUACACUACAGUGUCUGUCUGUCUGUCUGUCCAUCCCAUCUCUUCACUUUUGCACGUGCGCUCCUGGCCCCAGUGUCCCAAGUCUUCGUCCUCCCCAAUGUGCUGGGCCCCGGAGCGCCCACUCAGACAUGUGCCAACUGGGCACCGGAAACAGUGCCGGUCACGCUGCCUGGGGUAGGACACUAGAGACCUGUGGGCACAGCAUGGUGCAGGCUGUAGGUGCACAGCUGCUGUGGUCACGCACAUUCCUGGCCACCAGCCUGUGAGUCCCCUACUCGCCCAUGCUGGGGGUCUCCUGCGUCCAGCAGAGGGAUGUCCCCUGUGCCAUAUGUCGCUGACUGGUGGGGUCAACCUGGCCACCCACAGCCAAGCAGCCAUCAAGGCCUCCUGCAGAGUUGUCCUGUACAGGCCCAGGUCCCCCAGAGUAGACAUGUCCACAUCACACAAAGGGAAGGGGACUCGGGACAGCGUGCCAAGUAUGCCUGGUCACUGUGGCCAUAGCCAAAGCCCUGGGUACGACUGGCCUGGCCUGGCCCAGCCUGUUCUGACCAAGCACUUGCUGGGGACACCCACCCCAGUCACUGCAAAGGUCCUGGGGCCAGUGCCACCUGUGUUGGGACAGGUCCAGGGAUGUGCACCCAGGAGUGCCAACCACCUGCCGCCACCCAGCAUCAGGGUGGCUGCGAUCCUUGUAUAUUACACAGCCCUGAUUUCAGCCAACUUCGGCCUAUUUAAGGGAAAAUGCUCUGUUUUUAAACCUCUGGUCAUUUGCAAGCAUGUUUUGUGCGUGGGGGGGAGGGACAGGCACAGUGCCACCUCGGCCACGAGGGCUGGAUGCUGGUGGUCCGCGUGGCAGGUCAGGGGCUCUGACCCCUUAAUCCAGAGAUUCUCCUGAAAAUUACUUUUCAUAUCUUUCUCUUGAAAUGAAUUCUGUUUUAAAUCAGAAUAAAUUUUGUUCCUAAGCUC